GUCUGCGCAGACGGAGGCGUCAUGGCGGAGAAGGCGCAGAAGAGCGUGAAGAUCGCACCGGGAGCCGUGGUGUGUGUGGAGAGUGAGAUCCGUGGGGAUGUCACCAUCGGGCCGAGGACGGUGAUACACCCGAAGGCCAGGAUCAUCGCGGAGGCAGGGCCCAUUGUGAUCGGGGAAGGCAACCUAAUAGAGGAGCAGGCACUUAUCAUCAACGGGUACCCAGAAAACAUCACUCCAGAAACUGAGGAGGUGGAGCCCAAGCCCAUGAUCAUUGGCACCAACAAUGUCUUUGAAGUUGGGUGCUAUUCACAGGCAAUGAAAGUGGGAGAUAACAACGUAAUUGAAUCCAAAGCAUUUGUUGGCAGGAAUGUGAUCCUGACAAGCGGCUGCAUCAUCGGGGCCUGCUGCAACGUCAACACCUAUGAGGUGAUCCCUGAGAACACCGUCAUCUAUGGUGCCGACUGCCUUCGCCGCGUGCAGACUGAGCGGCCACAGCCUCAGACACUGCAGCUAGACUUCCUGAUGAAAAUCCUGCCCAAUUACCAUCACCUGAAGAAGACGAUGAAGGCUGCAUCCACACCUGUUAAGAGCUGAAAGCCCUCUGCCAUCAGUUGCAUGCCUGGCAUCUCUUGUCCUUUGGGCAUUGCACAGCCCAGGAAGCAGCUGGGCUCUGCAUCCUUCAAUUCUCGCAUGUGUCUUUUAUUUAUAGCUCCCACAAGCUUUGGACCUGUCAUCUCCCUCACAGCAACUAAAACAUUCCACAUGCUUUAUGGGAAUAAAGUUGUUCCGCUCUUGCUGCA